CUGCUGGAGUUCUUAGAAACUAAAUCACAGCGUUGUUUGCUUGGAGCUCAACCCGGGGGUCAGGAGCUCGGCCCCCCAGAGGUCGAUGGACUUUCAUCACCGCCGCCACCCAACCCGACUUCCCCACCGAGAGAUUAACCUGCGGUGCCCCAGAAUCAUCAGGCCAGGAUGGCGAGAGAAGAAGCUCCGGUGUUUGUGCUGUAUGGAGUCACAUAUCUCACGGCGCUGGCGUGGCUUGCAGGCCGCACCGCGGGCGGGUCGGUUCUGCCGACCCCUGAGGAACUCCUCAGCGGGCCCGUACGGAGAGAACCAGAGGCCAAUCAGCAGCUCAACACGUCGGCCCUGAACGCGGCGUUGGCCUUUGGGCCGUACCGUGACCUGGCCGAGCGGCGGCAGCACAACCUCUUGUUCUCGCCCUUGGGCCUGGCGUCGGCUCUGGCGCUGCUGGCCCGGGUGUCCGCGUCCGACAGUCGGAGCCAGGUCCUGGAGGCCCUGGGGCUGGAUGGCAACGCCUCGCGGCAGAGCGUGGAGGCCACCGUAUCUGCUCUUGCCGAUCUGCAGCGCAGCCUCACCGUGCAGGAGGGGGGAGGGGUUCAAAGGGCAGAGUCUGCGGCUGGGAUUGGAGCAGCUCCAGGGGUGGAGUUUGGAGAUGCUGCAAACAGAUCGGAUUCAUCUGAUGGGCCAGGGGCUAGGAAUGACACCGAGGGGGGGGUCAAUCCUGGGGGUCAGCUCAGAGUGUGGAGCAGCCUGCACAUUGAUGGAAAGCCCUCCCCAGACUAUGGCAGCUUCAUGCCCCGACCUCCGCCGACCUCCGCCUCCAACACCAGCGCUGACACGUUGAUGGCAGACCUGGAGUCCUCUGACACACUUGAACUUACCAAUUAUGUGUAUUUCAAAGGUCGUCAACCGUUCGCGCGGCGGCACACGGUGCAGAGGAGCUUCCAGCUGAACGCCACCGCCAGCGUGGAGGUCGCCAUGAUGUUGGGGGACGACUCCUCCGAGGUGAUGAUGCUGUACGAUACCAACUGCUCCGCCACGGUGGUGAGGCUGGCCCACUCGGAGCGCCUGGCCUCGCUGCUCCUGCUCCCCAAAGCCCGGCUGCAGCCCCUGGAGGACUGCCUCUCCCACGAGCGCAUGAGCUUCUGGAGGAGCAACCUGAAGCCGGGGCGGGCAGAAAUCCGUUUCCCAAAGUUCCAACUGAGGAAAACAUACAGUUUAGAACGCCUGCUGAGGAGCUCUGGGGUAACGUCGGUGUUCUCACACUCAGCCCACUUCUCUGGGAUAUCGCAGAAGAUUCUGAAGCUCACCAAGGCUCCUCAUGAGGUUAUGCUGGAGGUGGAAGAGACCAAGUAUGAAGACGGGGGGAGACCCGACAUCAUGCUGGACUUCUCUGUUCCCACGAGGAUCACCUUCAACAGGCCGUUCAUGCUCAUCAUCUACGACGACCUCACGGGGCUCGUCCUGCUCAUGGGGAGGAUUAUGGAUCCCACAGGCGUGUAGACUGCAGUGUGUAGACCACAGUGUGUAGACCGCAGUGUGUAGACCGCAGUGUGUAGACCAGAGUGUGUAGACCGCAGUGUGUAGACCAGAGUGUGCACACGGCUCUGAUAUUAUACUUCAUUUAUAUUAUAUCUAUUGUAUUUCUUUUCAUGGGGAAAUAAAUGCUUUUCCAACAAUUA